AACUAGCUUCCUUGGGUAUUUAACAAAGAAAACUCAUCAUCAUUAUUAUUCUAUUUCCAUAACUAUGGCUAUCCCAAAGAAACACCACUCAUCUACUCUUCCACUUGUUCUCACCUUCAUAACAUUCUACUGUCUCAAUGUAGUGACCUCUGUAACCUACUCCACCACCUUUACCUACGAUCGGUUCGACUCCGACACCGACCUCCUCAUGCAAGGCAACGCGGUCUUUUCCCCCAACUUCGCCUUGGAACUCACCAAAGAACGGAACGGUAUCCCCCAAUCCGGCAGCGUCGGUCGUACGUUCUCCACCUUUCCGAUAGUUUUACACAUGUCCGGAAAGGUGGCCACCAUUUCCACUUCAUUUGUCUUGAAUAUCUCUCAACCUAACUCCACCGCUACUCCCGCCGAUGGCAUCACCUUCUUCAUCGCUCCCAUCUCUGACCUACCACCGCGCUCCGGCGGGGGGUUUCUCGGACUCUUCAGCAAUCAAACCAAUUCUUCAUCAACCACUUCAAUUGUCGCAGUCGAAUUUGAUACAUACCCUAAUCUUGAUAUUGGGGAUCCAAACUAUAGACACAUUGGAAUUAACGUUAAUUCCAUCAAAUCCUCCGCUACUUCUCGGUGGAAUUUUCAAAGUGGAGAACCAUUGAAUGUAACAAUAACCUAUGAUCCUUCACUUAAAAGGCUAAGGGUUGUUGCUUCUUACCCUAAUGGAAACAAUCACGUUGAUGUAGCUUAUCGCAUUAAUUUUGGAAGUGUUCUUCCUGAACAGGUUUAUGCAGGUUUCUCUGGUUCAACCGGAAAAUAUGCAGAAGUGAACCACGUCAAUUCUUGGAGUUUCAAUUCAACCUUAGUUGUGUAAUAGCUGGGAUCCUUUUUUCCAUACAUGAUUCAAUGUUUGACCCGCAACAAUGAUAAUAAUUAAUAAGUACGUUGAGUGCA